AUAUAUUUAUUUACAUAUUUGUCUUAUUGUUUUUUUUAAAACAAAAAAAGUAUAUAACUCAGAGAAGUAGUUGCCAGGCCCAGUUCACAGUUGCCACUUGCCACUGCCAGAAAAGCAAUAAAAUAGUAUACAAUAACGCACUCUAUCAACGCCGUAUCACGCUCUCAAAUUAUAGUGUGAUUAAUUCUUCCUUUUUUAAAAUGAACAUAAAUACAUCGAAAGAGCAUACAUGCAAUACAACUUAAAGUUUGCUGACAGUGCGAAGCAAACUCAGUGCUAUUGUAUAUAUGGAAAUCAAAAUUAAUAUCAUCCCAACGAUAGUACACAACAAUGAAACUGCUGAACAACAAAGUCGUGGUCGCUGCCGUCAUCUGCACAGCAGCUGCCACGCCGACUCCCCUUAAUUAUACUCGAGAUGCACAAGCUGUGAGGUGUGUUGAAAGGGGUGGCUGGUACUAUGUUGAGAACAUCCCAGCAGAAGUGAAAUGUAUCAGUUUAGACCCCAAUAUGUACCCGCGCAGCCAGACUGACACCAUUCCUCGAUUUAGAAGGGGUUCUGGCGUAUUCACCUCGUCGAUUCCUAUCGCGCCUGUCGAUCGCGCCGAUAGUAUUAACGUGCGUGUUUCAGGCUACUCACACUUUCAUUAUGACCCGACUAAUAGUCUCCUUGGAGAAUUAGGAGAUAAAAAUGAUGCGUAUGUCGAAGGGUGCGAUGAGACAAACUCAACAUCUAGAACUUCGAUGAAGAAUAUAGUUUGCCUUACAGCCACUAAUGUGAGUAGUAUUCCCUCAGCGAUUUCAGCCAUCGUUACUUCUUUCGUAUCCGACCUCCCAAUCAUGACGAUGACAUUGACUGAUCUAAACAACAGCGACUUCGGCCUAGAGGCCAAACGAAGUAUGGUGUGGAGUUUGCACUAUCCAGUCAACCACACGCGACAUGCGUCUCCGUUUGUUGGCAUACUUGGCAAGGCCGAGUACGCUGGCAAGAGUUCCCUAGAGAUGUCUUCGAAAAGAGGCUAUUCUCUAUCAGUUAUCGAUGCGGUUGGUAAUGAUAGAGGCAUUGACUUGGGUCUCGCGGGUAUGGCGCCCGAAGCAGACUAUAAACUACGAGGGACCAUGCUGGAUAAAACCUUAAUGAAAGACAUGAUUGGUUUCACAACAUAUGCGGCCACAGGCCGGGUGUCUAUGAAAGGUGCACCGAUUGAAUUAUACGUCAGACUUGAUGAGAAGUAUGCAGACCCGAAUGUCGUGGAUGAGACUCAUUAUAUGGGAGUCUACAUGUUGGAGGAGAAGAUUAAAAGAGGCGAUGAUAGAAUCCCGAUAAGCAAAACAAAAGCGUCCACACCAAUAAAUGAGACGUCGUUUAUUGUAAAGAGAGACAAUUUCCACGAAGGCGACGUCCAAUUAUUGAGUGGCGGAUCCAACACCCAGGCAAACGUGAUGCUUUUGGAAUAUCCAAAGCCCGAUAAGGCCACGCCAGCGCAGGUCCAGUAUAUUCAGGAUUACUUAGAAACCGUCGACAACAUGAUGAAAUCCCCUAAGAUGAACGAUGCAUUUCAGCAGAUGAUAGAUGUCCGCUCUUUCGUUGACCAGCAGCUGGUACAAGAAAUGCUGCUGAAUGGAGAUGCAUACAGGAAAUCAACCACUUUUUAUAAGGACGCAAACGGCAAGUUCACUGCCGGGCCAGUGUGGGAUUUUGACCUGUCGCUGGGGCACGAGUGGAAUUUGGUCAAAGCCUCCAGCUCACUCGGAUAUGAUAGAUACGAAGGAUUGUGGUUUAAGGAAUUGAACCAGAACCCAGAGUAUAAAUGUCUGGUGAAUUGUAUGUGGCGACAGUACCGCGGAACAAUAUUCAAGUCAGACACUCUACUGGAGAUGAUUGACUCACAAAUACCAAUCUUGUGGAAUCCUGCUACGAGAAAUUUUAAGAGAUGGGACGUGCUGGGGCGUCCACUGGAAUUGUUUUUGGAUUACACCGCUGAAAACCAAUGGUUAUCAACCUGGGAUGCUGAGGUGGUUGCGAUGAAGCAAUUCUUGGUGAGUCGAUUGACCAAUCUGGAUUCUAUAUAUACGGUGAAUGCAACCGUAUGCAACUGUCUGACUACCAUGUUAUCAAUCCGGUAAGUGUUGGAGUUAAGUCGGACAAUACAGCACAUGGAAUAUAGAUAUCAAAUUAAAAAAACUAGUAUUAGCUG